CUCACGCCCAAAUAAGAACUCCUUCUCCGAUCCCUAAGAAUCUUCAAUACGCUAAUUAAGCUCAAAUUAAUCGAAAGCGGGUUGUUGGAACCCUACUAAUUAAUGGGGAGAGGGAAGAUAGUGAUUCGAAGGAUUGAUAACUCAACCAACAGGCAAGUUACUUUCUCUAAGAGAAGGAAUGGAUUGUUGAAGAAGGCUAAGGAGUUGGCUAUCUUGUGCGACGCUGAAAUCGGAGUCAUUAUCUUCUCUAGCACCGGGAAGCUCCACGAGUUCGCUAGCUCAAGCAUGAAAACAGUUACCGAGAGGUAUGACAAAAUGAAGGAGGAAAAUCAUCAACUGUUAAAUCUUUCUUCACAAGUCAAGAUUUGGAAAGGAGAAGCAGUUCAACUGAGGCAACAACUUGAAUAUUUGCAACAAAGCCACAGGCAGCUGUUGGGCGAAGAACUUUUUGGUUUGAAUGUCAAUGAUCUCCAGAAUCUAGAAGCCCAACUGGAAAGGAGUCUAAAGGGUGUCAGAACAAAGAAGGAACAAGCAUUAACAAUUGAAGUAAAAGAAUUACACCACAAGGGGAGUCUUGUUGCUCAAGAAAAUGAAGAAUUGCAAAAGAAACUAGAUCUCCUGCUUCAAGAACAAGCAGAACUGAAGAAGGUUUAUGGAUUGCAUUGCAAUAAUAAUGAGUUACAUGCACACGUAAGUCUCCAGCUAAGCCAACCACAACCACAAAAGAACUACGUGCCAACAGAAACAAUGAUACUAGGGUUACAGUUGAACUCCAAAACAUGUUAAAAACAAAAAGGCAGAUAUUAAUGGGAUUUCAUAUCAACUACCAAGCAACUGCAUCAUGCUUUGAUAGGAGAUAUGAUAUGAUUGAAUGCAUGAAAAAGUACUUUGAUUGGUAUGAUGUAUUAUGUUGAAUAACUCGAGAUAUUGUAAAAUAAUUCACCAUGUAGUAAUUUUAUGGUGAUGCUGUGUUGAUUAAAGGUGUAAAAUUGUAAUAAUUACAAGUAUAGAGGUGUGGUUUACAAUGUACUAAAAUGUAUACAUUUGUGAAAUUGAUUAGGUCAGUCUUAU